CUGAACGUCUGUCUUUGAAGUUACCUUUGUUCGAGUGUGUUUUGUUUGAGGGUUUAAAAUACGCUCCUGUCAAAUUUGCUCCUCCCGGUGGACUCGGUCUUUGCUGCUAAGUUUGGAGUUUAUCUUGGCUGCGUCUGAAUCCAAACCUGCUUUUUAAGAUUUUCCUCUCCAUCUCAUAUUCGGCUUUUAUCAGAACAAACAAGAAAAUCUGUUGAGCUAAGUGAUGUCAUAAUGGGAGUUUGGAUCUCAGGGGGAUGUUUGCUUCCCUCCACUCGCUCACUCUCAGAAGGAGAAGACGAGACACUCCCAAAAUAACAGACCACUGGGCCUAUGGGCACUCAGGAGAGAGUUUAACAAUUGAAGGGAGGGGGAGAGAGCGGAUCUGUCAACAGGUGGCAGAAGAAGAGUUCUGUAGCACGACGCUCAGUUCUUCAGGAGGAAGACAGGGGUGAGAGGAAGCUCACAACCAUGACCACUAGACUGCCGUGGACGGUCCUGCGCCUGCUGGUCCUGCUCUCCAUCAGCUCUCUGGUCAGUUCUGCAGACAAAGAAUCUUCGGCCCCGGAGCAGGGAGUCACCUUCAGCCACCUCUACAAAAUCGACAUUCCGGGGAGCUCCAGCUGUAAAUUGGAACCCCUCCCACUCCAGGACGAAGCAGGCCAGCAGGCGGGAGCGGCAACACAUGGUGACAAUGACAUCAUUUUCAGGCACAACAUCAGACUCCAGACGCCCAAGUGUGACUGCGAAGAGUCGGAAAGCUUCAAGUCCCUCUUGUACAGAGUGAAUGGGCUGGAGGAGGAAGUGAAUUACCUGAAGACACAGUGUGCUCAGGGCUGCUGUGGCAGAGGUGGAGCGGCAGGCGUGGACACAAGCUGUAGUGGUCAUGGGACCUACCAACAAGAAACAUGCAGCUGCAUCUGUGACCCAGGAUGGGAGGGUCCUGACUGCUCGGUGUCUUCCUGCCCUGACGAAUGCAACGACAACGGCCGCUGCGUGGACGGGAAAUGCGUUUGCCAUCAGGGCUACGCAGGACACGACUGUAGCCAAGCGCUAUGUCCCGACAACUGCAACGACAAAGGGCACUGCGUGGACGGAAAAUGUGUGUGCUUCGCUCACUUCAGCGGCGAGGACUGCAGCAUCCAGAGGUGUCCCAAUGACUGCAUCGGGAACGGUGUCUGCGUAGACGGGCGCUGUGUUUGUGAGCAAGGCUUUCAUGGCGAGGACUGCUCAUUAGUUCUUGGUCCUCAGGGUCUGCAGCUGGUCCAGACCACUGACGUCUCCCUGCUCGUGGAAUGGGAGUCUGUGCAUGGUGCAGAGCAUUACCUUUUGACAUAUCAUCCCAAACAUCAGAAGAAUGUCCUGAAGCAGGUCCAGGUUCCCAACACUGACAACUCCUACCUCAUCACCCAGCUGACUCCAGGGGUCACCUACGUGAUCCAGGUUCAUGCUGUUGUCAGGGAGAUCCAAAGUGAAGCAGAAACGAUUGAGGCAACGACAGACGUUUCGGCUUUGGACGGCAUCCGAAUCCUUGGGCAGACGGAGGUUUCCAUCCAGGUCGACUGGGAGAAUCCACAGACCGAGUUGGACCACUUCAGACUCAAACACGUCGACCCGUCCGGACAGCAGGAGGAACUGGACAUCCAGAAGAGCCAGGAGGCUCGAACAAAGCACACUAUUGUCGGUCUGAACCCAGGAACUGAGUACCUGAUCUCCGUGCAGGCCAUUAAAGGGUCCACUGAGGGCAAAGCAGCAUCUGUCACCGGAGCUACAGACAUUGAUGCUCCUCCAAAGUUGGUCACGACGGAGGUCACCGAGGACACGGUCGCAGUCUCGUGGGACCAGGUCCAGUCGGAGAUCGAGGGCUACAUGCUGAGCUACUCCACAGCUGAGGGCUCCAGCUUGGACAUCCCAGUCGGCCGUGACAGGACCUCAUACACGCUGAUCGGCCUGAAGCCCGGAGUCCUCCACACCGUCUACAUCUGGGCCUUCAACGGCGACAGAGUCAGCAGGAAGAGCUCCACACAAGCAGAAACAGACAUCGAUGCACCCAAACAGUUUAAGGCGACGGACGUGAGCGCAGAGUCGGCCACUCUCACCUGGACUCGCCCCCUCGCUGACAUUGACGGAUUCCUCCUCACGUACAGGGACGAGGAGUCCACCGCAGAGGCUGUUGAGAGGCAGAUCUCUGCUGGUGAGAGCAGCUUUGCUGCGUCCGGACUCCAGACGGGGACGAGAUAUGAGGUCACCAUCGUCGCCUACAGAGGACGCCAGAGGAGCAAAGUGGUGACAACCACCUUCAGAACAGUGGGUGUGCAGGUUCCCUUCCCAAUGGACUGUGUUCAGAUCCAGAUGAACGGCGUCAAGAAGAGCGGCGUCUACACCAUCUACAUCAACAACAACCGCUCCAAGCCUGCAGAGGUCUUCUGCGACAUGGACACGGAUGGCGGCGGGUGGCUGGUUCUGCAGCGUCGCACCUCCGGCAGGUUGGACUUCAUGAAGCGCUGGCGUCAGUACAUCGCAGGUUUCGGUGAUGUGACAGAUGAGUUUUGGAUUGGUCUGGACAGGCUGUACGAGCUCACCAACACACCCACCAGGUACGAGCUGAGGUUCGACCUGGGCCUGGGAUCAGAGAGAGCCUACGCCGUCUACGAUAACUUCCGGGUGGCUUCUGCCAAGCAGAAGUUCAAGCUGACCAUUGGAAACUACAGCGGGACGGCAGGGGAUGCGAUGACCUACCACCAGGGCCGACCGUGGACCACUGUGGACAAUGACAAUGACAUUGCCCUGGGUAACUGUGCGCUGACUCACAGAGGGGCCUGGUGGUACAAGAACUGUCACCUGGCCAACCCCAAUGGAAAAUGGGGGGACAACAGACACAGUGUGGGGGUGAACUGGGAGCCAUGGAAGGGCCACCUGACAUCUCUGGACUUCACAGAGAUGAAGAUCCGACCGGUGGGAGCCAUGGCCAGCAGGAAGAGACGCGUGGUGCUGGGAAAACAGAGAGUGACCCGUCAGAGGGAAUAAAACAAGACUACAGUUGAACAAUUUUGCUUCUCGUGUUAGUUUCCCUCCAGUGUUAUAAUAAAUAACUGUAUAUUUAUAUUUGAAUUAACCCUCCUAGUUACAGUCUCUGACCAAAUGGCGUGAUGAUUUAUUUCCCUGACAAACGAACAUUUCUCUUGUGAGGAAUAUGAUGGCGUUUUAUUCUUGUAGAUUACUAUAGUUCCACCUCUUCUUUGUCAGACCUCUUUCACCAGAAUAUGCUUGUAUGAUCCUGUGUGUUGCAGUGAGCUAUAGCAAUGCAUCGAAGGCUAAUACGGCACAGUUUGGUGGGAAAGACUGAAAUGAAAAUGGUAUUUUGGUGCAUAUAUCCCUUCAGUUAUAGAUGGUGGGUAGGAAACUAAACUAGCUCACUCUUUAAGAGCUGCAUCGUGUGUUAAUAAUGUCACACCUUUAUCUGUUUGUCAGGUUUCCACCCACGAAUUGAGCCUCAAAACGCAGAAGUUUUGGUGGUUGCUCAGUAUCUUUUCCUCGUGUCUUGAAAGAAUGUUUUGUCACUGCGCAAACUUUCCUG